AUGUCUUCUGGUUUCCAUCACCGUCCUGAUGAGAAUCGUCUUCCUGAUAAUCUCGCCGGACUCGCUGGUAGGUCAACGGUCAAAGUGUAUUCCAAGGCGGAGCCUAACUAUUAUCUGACGAUUAGAGAUGGUAAGGUCAUUCUCGCACCGUCCGAUCCAUCUGAUGAAGCACAGCACUGGUACAAAGACGAGAAGUACAGCACUCGGGUGAAGGACGAAGAGGGAUUUCCUUGUUUUGCUCUUGUAAACAAGGCUACUGGUGAAGCCGUGAAGCAUUCUGUUGGAGCUACCCAACCUGUGCAUCUAACUCGGUAUGAUCCUGAUACGCUCGACGAGUCUGUACUAUGGACGGAGAGCAAGGAUAUGGGAGAAGGGUAUCGCACAAUAAGGAUGGUAAACAAUGUGAGACUAAACUUUGAUGCAUAUCACGGUGACCACAAAUCUGGUGGUGUCCGCGAUGAAAAAUGUUCUUCUUGGAUCAAACUAAGAGACAUUGAGGAAAAAUGGUGGACGGAGUAG